CGUCGCAGUUGGAUCAUUCCUGAUCCAGUCCGUCAAACUCUCCUUCACUCUCGCACCGCGCUCCAACCCGCCGUACACCAUCGCCAUCGUCACCAUGGGCGCUCAUGGACUUCUCGCCGUCGGCGUCCCGCCGCAGCCACUCUGGCUCCUCUACAUCAAGAUCGCCAUAUUGGUCCUCUCUAUCAUCGUCCUUGGCCUCGGCGCCUAUACGUUGUCGGUCGCAACCCUUGGCGAUGAUCCUGGUGCGCUGGAUGUUUUCGUCGCCCUUUGGAGCUUCAUUACCUACGGCGGGGCCGCCGCAUUCGAGAUCUGGGCGCCCCGAUUAUUCUACCGCAUCGUUGCCCUCGUCCUCCAGAUCUUGAGCAUCAUUUUCUGGCUUUCCGCGUGGGCCUACUCAGCAUCCGUUGCUGCACAUGUCUUUAGAGUGUAUUCUGGCGGUAAGCUCGGCGCGGCGCAGAGCUAUGGCGGAGCCCUCGGGGGCUGUGCUGGUCUCGGCGCAAUUGUCUGGGUCCUCACCAUCGUACACCUCGUGUUCUUCAUCCGCGCCUGCCUCAUGGACAACACGGCUCCCGGUCAGGCCGAGCUCGGCCAGGUCAAGACCGAGGCCGCGCCGCAGCAGUACGGUCAGCAGCAGGCUUACGCUCCUGUGCAGCAGUACGCGCCUCAGCAGCCUCAGCAGCCUUACGCCCCGCAACAGCCGUACCCUCAGCAGCCCUAUCCGGGCCAGUAAACCCCUAAUGUCUAGCAUAUGAUUUCCUACACCAGCAGUCUUGUCAAGAUUGGAUGCGUGGGAGGCUUACGAGGGCGAGUUUCUUUGUUUUAAUAUGUGUUGGUUCAUCGGCAUGAGUAAUGAGCAGACUGGAAGUUGAAGCAGUGUUGCGAAGCUUUUCUCUUGGUCGUUUCGGCUCCGACUUGCACGGCGGAGCGUUGAGUUUGUUUUUAUUGUAUACCACAUACCCGGCAAAGUGUCAGAAGGUCAGGUCAGAGUCAGAAAUCGAUACCCAUGAUGUGCUUCUGUAUGCGACAUCAUCAGCAACCUGCACUUCGGAGUUGUG